UCAACAACAACAGAAACGCCACUCAGCCUGCCAGCGCUCUGUAAAUGCAUGUAUACUAACCUGUAUUUAUUAUGACUAGGAAAUCAACUGUAAACUAAUACAGUAACUAAGUUAGCUUUGAACUUGGUCAGAAAUUAAGCGUGAAUGUCUGUAAAGGUGCUUUAUAUCAUUUUAUAAGAAAUACUACGUUGUGUUUCCAUUUGUUAGAAUUAUGUUCACCUUUUGUUGGUCAGUUAUGGCAGCCUAAACUCUGUUAAAGAAAACACCGUAGCCAGUUUAUGGGACAAUUAUUAGCAUACAGUGAUGUAAAGCAACUCAUUUACUAAAGUAUUGCACUUUAUUACUGUUUUGACAUACUUGUACUUUACUUGAGUUCAUCCAUUUAAUGCUAUUUCAUAUUUUCCGGCUACAUUUCAGAGGUAAACUUUGUACUAUGUACUCCACUACAUUUAUUUAACACUCGGGUACUACAGGGUAAUGUAAUAACCAUAAUCAUUAUAUAACAUGUAGCUCAUACUUUGUACUAUUUUGAAAUGGGCCAUGGUGCAGAAUGAGUACUUCUACUUUGUGAACUUGAAGUAUAUUUCAAUGCUGUUACUUAAGUAAAGGAUUCUUCCAACUGCCAGAGUACUAGUAUUCAUGAGCCUCAUGCGAUUUAAAAAAGAGAAAAGAGAAGUUAUCAUGCAGUGUUCAGAGGCUGAGACACACACACUCCCUGGGGCUUUAUGAGAAAAUGAUGAACUGCCUGCCUCUAGUUCUUUAUCUCGUAUCCCUUCUUGACUCUGUAAUUAGCACCCUUCCUGCUCCGUGCAAUCUCUCUAUGGAAUCUGUAAACCUCUGCCAUGUCUUGAGUUGGGUUCCUGGUCCCGGCACCCCACAAAGAACACAGUACAAAAUCAUCAAGAGGGUGGGGAAGAAACAAACCAAGAACACACAGUACUCAAACACAACAUCAAUUAAGCUGAAGCUUCACAAGUUUAAAGAAUAUGAGCUGACUGUCCAGGCAUCCUACAACCAAACCCUGUCUGAAGAGUCCAAACCAUACAUCUUCAAUCCUAUCACACAAACUAAAAUAGGUCCUCCAAUAUUCUCACUACUUGGAUGUGGCAACUGCCUCAAGAUCAACAUUUCACUCACUAUACCCGACAAAAUCCACAAGAUCUACAAUCCGACAUUCAAAGUGUCUUGGUGGAAACCAGGAGAAGAAGCGCGGUGGACCAUAGCAACACCAAGUAAGAAUUAUACUCUGACCAACCUUCAGAAUGGUACAGAGUACUGUGUAAAGGUGCUCACAGAAAUUAAUGUGAACAGCAACACAGAGCCAUCCACUGUGAAGUGCAUCUUCACCAGCAUUGUGGAACCAAGUAAAGACCCUGUUAUUUUAGGUACAGUUGCUGCUCUUCUGAUUGUUGCUGUCAUUGUCCUGAUGACCUCCAUGUUCGGCCUUUACUACACCGGAUUCAUCUGUAGACCAAAUGCAACUCUACCUAAACCGCUUAUUAAGGCUCUGAGCCACGGCUACAUCCUGACACUGGAUAGGAUAAUCCCUGACAAUAUCUCCAUUAGUGAAAGGAGGAAGAAACCGAGGAAGCACAACAGUGCCAUGACCCUACAACCCGCCACUAGGGGCGCCGACUCAAGUGAAGAGGACGAAGACGAAGAGGGAAACAUGUACCUGGAUGGAGGCGCAGAGCUUUCCUCGGGGGAAAGUUCCUGCAAAAACUCUGUUGAUGCGUCGGGGAACAGCAAGGUGUCUGCGUCAGGGCGCUCUGGAACUUUGAUGGGGAAGAUGCAUGUCCUGCACACAGUGAUGGAGAUUGAGGCACCACAUGGGGGGCUGGAUGGAGAUGAGCCCAAAGCUGAAGGAUCAGAGAUUUCUUUCAUUUCUGAUGGACCAAUCGCAGGGGAGGUGGAGGAGGAGCAGGUGUGUGAGGUCUCAGGGAAUAUCAAUCUGUUCUCAGUCACCCUCGCUGCGCUGGCUGCAUGGGAGGAGCACGACACAAGAGAUUCUCUCACAGACCUUUUGAAACGUUCAGACCUGGUGCCUCUCCUGCACACACACACACAUACUGAGUCUGAUGAUCAGACAGCCGUAGCAUUACUGCUACCCACAGAAGAAGACAUGACUGAAAGCACAUGUGCGGACACUUUCUCUGGCUGUGUCAACAACUGUGAUGAUGAGAUGCAGCAUGAAGAGACAACAGAGGAGGAGGACGAUGAAGAGGAGGAUGAAUUCUCUGCAUACAUGAAGCACUAAUAAAAGGGUGCGAUUUAUGAAAAUAUCAGAGGUGGCAAUGUUUUUGAAAGGUUUUAUAUAUGAAACUAAACAAGGCUUGAACAAGGCUAUUUCAUGCAGCUUUUUAAGAGACAUUUAAAGAGUAAUAUAUAAAGUGUAGUAUAACUUGAGCUUAACCACUGCUUUUUUCUGCUUUACUGAAGAGAGGUCAUCUGUGGUGUGUCGUGCCUCUUUUACACAAGCCUCUGUAAAUCCAUGGGCAGGGAAGCUCCUCUGCUCCAUGUCUCAUGGCAAAGAGAAGCAGAAACAUUGUGGGGUCAUCUCUCAGAUCAGAGCAGCAGUGAACUAUUUCUGAUUGUAUUGUUGUUUGCACUAUAGACUGUUGUCUCACGUUGCAGAGCUUUACUGAGAUAUAUUGUAGGUAUAUUAUAUGGUAUAUAUUUUUUUGUUCAAUAAAAGAUUAAAAUGUAGACCAGAAGGGGAAAUCCACAGAGCAAAUCACACCGUUAAUUAUGUUUUAAGUGCAUUCCUUUUUAUUUGAGGUAACUGAGAUUUGUUCAAUUGAGUUGCCUGCUGUUGUUUUGGUGCUCUGUUUUUCUAUUCUUAAGAACAAAAGGCCACACAAAACCCAUCCAAACAGCUCUCCUGCAGCAUUUGUUUUGUUUGAGUUGUUGAAAUUAAAUCAUCGUUGUACACUUUA